AUGGUUAGCAAAUACCGUGGUAGUGAAGAAGAAGAAUGGCAAGUGGAGGGUUUGUUUGGACUUCACAGACUUAAACCGGGCAUGCCGAAAGACCCAUUCCCGAUGCUGAAGAUUGAUCAAUUGGUAGAUGCCACAUACGGACACCCGAGAAUGAGCUUCUUAGAUGCCUUUCAGGGGUAUCACCAGAUUGCCCUGCCACCCGAGGACCGAGAAAAGACAGCAUUCAUCUCCCCAAAUGCAAACUAUCACUAUAACGUGAUGCCAUUUGGGUUGAAGAACGCCGGAGCCACGUACCAACGGAUGAUGACAAAGAUGUUCCGAGAUAAAAUUGGGUGCACGGUAGAGGUAUACAUUGACGAUAUGGUAGUGAAGAGUAAACAGGAAGCACGGCAUGUAGAAGAUCUUCGAGGAGUGUUUGAGGUGCUCCAGCAACAUAAGUUGCACCUAAAUGCUGAGAAGUGCAUUUUCGAUGUGAGGGCUGGUAAGUUCUUGGGGUUUCUGAUCACUAAUCGAGGAAUAAAGGCCAACCUCGAUCAGAUUGAAGCCAUGAAUCGCCUCAGGCCACCGAGCAAUCCUAAAGAAGUGCAAGUAUUGACCGGGAUGUUAGCCGCACUUAACCGGUUCAUUUCCAAAUUUGUUGAUCGCUAUAGACCGUUCUAUCAGCUUCUGAGGAAGUGGAAGGGAUUUCAAUGGGAUGAGGACUGUGACAAAGCCUUUCGAGAUUUGAAGGAGUAUCUGACGCAAGCGCCUAUAUUAAUGGCCCCAGAUUCCGGAGAAGAUUUAGUCAUGUACCUCUCGGUGUCCGAUCAUGUCAUCGAGGGAAGCUUUGAAGCUCGGGAUUCUCGGAUGAAAGCCUAUUUAAGCGCAGCAAAGCAAAUCAAUGACAAGUUCGGAAUGGUGAAGGUGGCCCAAGUCGGUCGGGCACAAAACAGACACGCUGACUCACUAGCCACGUUAGCCUCGUCAAUGGCCGAGGAUGUUCCUCGGCUAAUCAAAUUAGAGCUUAUAAGGGAGCCAAGUAUUGGUAUUACAGAUAACUGCAUCACGGCAAGGGUCGACGUCGCCAGAAUUUCAACAACCAGGUCGUGCUGGAUGGACCCAAUCAUCGACUUCUUGGCCGAGGAUCGAGUUCCGGAUGACGAAAAAGAGGCCAAAAAGAUUCGUCGGGUAGCUUCUCGAUAUUGGCUAUCAGCAGAUCGCAAGUUAUACCGAAGGUCUUUUAGAGGACCGUACCUUUCAUGCUUACAUCCCGAGAAAGUAAACGAGCUUCUGUCCGAGCUGCAUGACAGACCAGUAGGUCAUUUAAAUCCCGUCAAUAGUCCAUGGCCGUUUGCACAAUGGGGGCUAGAUAUUCUCGGCCCGUUCCCCCGAGCAACAGGUAAUCUCCGAUUCGUGUUGGUGGCGGUUGAUUAUUUCAUGAAAUGGGCGGAAGCCGAGGCCCUGGCAAAUAUCCGAGAUGUAGAUGUGAAGAAGUUUGUGUGGAAGAACAUAGUCACGAGAUUCGAGGUGCCAGACUCACUGAUAUCAGACAACGGGCUACAGUUUGACAACAAAGCUUUUCGAGCCGUUUGCAGUGAUCUCGACAUCAAGAACAGGUAUUCUACUCUGACGUAUCCCCAAAGAAACGGCCAAGCCGAGGCAACUAGCAAGACUAUUUUGAAUGGGUUAAAGAGAAGGUUGGACGAGGCGAAAGGAAGAUGGAUCGAGGAACUACCUAACGUUUUGCGGGCUUACCGUACAACCCCCAAAAGGUCCAUAGGGGAGACUCCAUUCUCCCUGACGUAUGGAGCAGAAGCCAUGAUGCCGGCCGAAGUGAACUUGUGCAGUGCAUAG